AUGCAUUCAGGCGUCGCCUGGCUCGCCUCCAGCUCAGUCUCCAUUGCUGGCGAGCCCAGCUGCCGCCGCGCCAUCGGCUCGGCUGCCUAUUCUUGCGUGACGGGCGUCGACCCCACUCAGUUCUUCACGUCGGCCGCAUUCGGCCUGGGCGUGUUCACUGGAGUUGCGAGCGUGUAUUUCGUGAAGGCAGGGCGGAAGGUCAGCCUGUUUUACCAGCCGGACCCGCUCCCGGCGCCGCCGCCCAAGUGGCACGAGCGGGUCCUCCUCGAGCCUGGCUCGGAGACGGCGAUGCAGAAGUGCACGGGCGAGUCCCUGUACAAUGGGGGCAUGGUCUGGUGGGUGCUCACCCCGGACGGGGACGUGUAUCCGGAGGAGCUGGCGGCGCCGCCGCUGGAGGGUAUCGCGUACUACGACGACGCGGAGGCGGAGAAGGAACGCAUUCACAUCCCAGGCGACAUCACGGUCGGCUUGGGCGCUUACUGGCUGGUCAAGCGAGGAGCCAAGUUUCUGAUACUGCAGGAGGUGUUGCGGCAGGACACGGGCAUGAUCAAGCUGCUCCGGGAUCAGGAGACCGACGCGAGAGUCAUCCCUGUGAAGUGGAGGUCGGCUCAACAGCGCGGCCGCAAUUUCCGCGAGGCCAUCUCGCUCCAGGAGUUCCAUGACUUUGGCGACUCGCCGCUGCAAGGUGACGUGAGCCUCCCGUGGCUGCUCACCGAGGUGGCCCAGUCUUCCGAGGGGAUGGUGACGCGCCACCACACCUGGCUAUCGGCUAGCGGCAUCCCGAGCGGCGACCGCAGCAUCCACGAGCACUUCGUGAUCUCCAAGGUCUUCGACCUCGCGAUCGAGCUGGACCAGUUGAACACGAUGACUUUGACUUCUUUCGAGCUGCUCGGGCGACGCCUGCAGCUCGUCGAGCAGGCCCACGUGUACAACCCCAGCAACCCCGACUACAGCAAUUCGGACGACUUCAUGGGCUGGGGCGUUCAGCGCGGGGCCGCUCUGGUGGCGCCGUCUAUCAAGAAGCGGGCCGCCGACGCAGCUCGAGAUCGGGCAGCAGUCCUGAAGGAGGGUCGCAAGCUCGAGGAGACGAUCCGCCUCCGGGGGGCCAUGACCAGCUUGCAGGACCCAGUCGCUCCCUCUGGGACUCCGGCGGCUGGGUUCAAGUAUGAGAAGGGGCCCCGCCUACCUGUGCAAGUUCCCCGUGACCUCUUUCCUCUUCCUGAGCUCGAGGUCGAACAUCUUCAAGAUCACAGCGUGAGUCGCUCGGUACAGCGACGAGUUUUGAAGCGGAGUGCUGUGGAUGCCGAGGUCAAUCGCACGAUCAAGGCCCUCAGUGCUCUCGAUGGCCAUCUGACGCCGUCAUCUUCCCCGCCCUCGCUGUGUCAGCGGGAGGCCAUUCAAUUCAUUCGUUCAGUGCAUGACGCAGCCGAGCCGCCGCAAGGUGACUACGGCUCCGAGGGGGCCGUGCGCGCGCUCCUCGGGACAGACUCCGCGCACGGUGGCGAGUCGACCUUGGUGCAGUCCUACGACCGGAACCUUCUCAGCAUCCCCCUCGUGGGGGCGGGGCCCGUCCCUGUCAAAGAGAUGCUGCCGCCGAAGGUUCGCUGUUGUCUCGAGGACCUGAACAACAUUCUGCUCGAUGAUCAGGAAUGGGGCGCCGUGUGUGAAAGGGCGGAUCCCAUCAAACUCUACAUGGAUCCGAAGCUUCGCUACUCCAAGAAGACCUAUUUUCAGUUUGUCCGAGACUGUCAUUCGGCAGGCCUUAUCCGCUGGGCGCCUUUGGUACGUGGACGAGUCACGGUCUUCUGUGUGGCCAAGAAGACGGGCAAGCAGAGGCUCGUGGUGGACUGCCGCGCCACCAACAGGCGCUUCCGGCGGUGCCCUUAUUUGCCUAUGGGUACCGGGUCGAGCUGGGGAGAGAUUCUCCCGGAGGACGACGCCGACCUCUGGGUGAGCCUGUCAGACAUCAAGGACUACUUCUACGCCUGCGGCAUCGACGAUGACCUCUCCAGCUACUUUUGCCUCGACGACGUCCCAGGUUGGCUCGUCUCCGAGCUGGAGGGCAACGACAGCCGCUUUAGCCAGUUCUACGGGCGCGACGCCGUUGCGCCCGCCUUUCGAGUGCUUCCCAUGGGGUUCAGCUGGAGCUUCUAUCUGGCGCAGAUCGUCCACUCCUCCGUCGUCAAGGGGGUGCUUCCGGACACCGCCGGACUGGUACUACAGGAUCGCCAGCCUGGCCCGACGAUUGGCUCCCGCGGCCUCGUGUCGUUGCCUUACUGCGACAACCAUGCCACUGGGGCGGGCCCCCCGGAGCUUGCCGACGGCGCUCGCAUCGCAGUGGCUCGCCAGCUCACGGCCGACGGCUUCGCAGUGCACGAGGAGGAGGACGCCUCCCUCUGGGCCGAGAGCCUCGGCUUCGCCAUCGACGGCUUGACUGGCGAGGUGGGGCCCACGGCCAAGAGGGCCGCCCGCCUGGCCGCCGCGGGCCGCUGGCUUGCGCGCCGUCCGAGGAUCACAGGCGUGAUGCUUGAGCGCUUUUUGGGGCACUGCACUUUCCAGCUCAUGGGCGAGCGCUCCCUGCUGAGCAUCUUUGGCUCGUGCUAUCGCUUUGUCAGGGUGCAUUAUAAGCAGAAGGUCCGCUUGUGGCAGUCAGCCGCGCGGGAGUGUGAGUGGCUGGCAGCUUUAGUCCGUUUUGCUCGUGCCAACCUGCGUCGGCCGUGGAGCCCCACGGCCCACGUGUUCGACUCGUCGGAGACAGGCCUUGGGAUCGUCCAGGGCGUUUUCGACGAGAAGCUCAUCGCCGGUACUGGCCAGUACAAUGAGCGGUGGCGUUUCAAGCAGCCUCAUGCGCUCGCGAGGGGCGUGCGUGCGGGAGCUCUCUGGCACUUCCGAGAUGUGAUCGAAAAUGUUGAAACAGUACUCCCUGUCGCACCGCCGCCCCCUCGCCCCUGGAAGAGAAGGCGCGGGUUCCCGGAGGUCCCCGCAAAGUUGCUCGAGAAGGACUCCUGGCACACCAUCCUGUCAAAGCCCUGGUUUCGGGACGAGCACAUCGCCCUGCUGGAGGCCCGUACUGGAAGAUUGGUUUGCAAGUCUCUUGGGAGGUCUGUUGGGAACCGCAACAAGAAGCACCUCAUCCUCGGGGACUCCAUGGGCUCCAUCUUGGCCUUCUCCAAGGGGCGCAGUGGGGGCUAUCGUAUGCUGGGUUGUUGUAGAAGUGUUGCGGCUUACACGGUCGCCCUCAAUUGCAAGUUCAAAUG